CUAGUGAGGGCGCUACCCACGUGCGCGGUAAAGUACGAGCGAAACAACAGUAGUUGUUUUGCUGUGGGAAUUUUUUUGGCAGCAAGGUCACACCUAUUGUGCUUUCCCCUAGGAUCUUGACUCCCACACAAAGGCAGAGAUGGAUGGGGACAGUUUUGAAGAUCUCCUGCGCGAUGCCGAGCAGCUGACGGCCAAUGUGGACAGCGGAGGAGAGCUGCCCCGUGUGGAACGCAACCUCCACCAGAUCAUGGAGACCAGCCAGCGUCUGUGGACCAAGACGGCACAGGUCGGGACACCGGAUGCGGCAGAUGUCAAAGCAUCGAUACUCCUUGGCUCCAAGGGGCUGGAUGUGCCUAGAAUCUCCCAGAGACUGGAGACAUUGAGUGCCACUAAGACGUUUGAACCCUUGGAACCCAUCGCAGACACCGACAUACAGAGCUUCCUGAGGAAUGAGAGGGAGAAUGCUGUCCUGGCCGUCAUCCAGGAAACCAAAAAGAAUACCUUACAACAGACUGAGAAGCGUUUCUGGGAGACCAUGCAGUCUGAGUGGCAGGAACAGCGCCAGCGGAUCCUAAAUGCCCUGGUGGGCACUGGGGAAGACAUGCUGGACAUCGGUCCGGACACGGAGUCGGUACUGAGCGAGACAAUGGCCAUGGACGGCCGCAGCGCCAUGAGCAGCAUGGAGCUGGCCUACGCCAGGGAGGUGUAUAAAUAUAAUGAUAGAGUUGUCCGUGGUGGUGUGCGACCGAACCUGAUCCGUUUAUUUGAGCAAAUCAGCCUUCAGUUUGAAGACAACCGAGUGAGUGAACUCUGGGCCAUGGUCAGAGAGAUGACAUCAGUACCCCUGGUAGCCACCGCCGACACGGUACAAGUCAGGAGCUCACAGGAGAUGCAGAUGGCGUUUGUACGACAGGCACGGAUCUUCCUGGAAAAGAGCUACCUGAAGUACAUCAGCACCAUCGUUGGUGAGAAUCUGCAGCGGGCCCAGGUGGGAGGCAUCCCAGGAACCUACCCUCUGGUCCAGGGAUUCCUGAAGGUCAAACUUCCCCAUCCAAUCCCAGGACUUGAGGAUGGUGAAGUCAACGGUCAGCCUGUCUGGCCUAUCAUCUAUUACUGUCUCCGUUGCGGGGAUCUGGAUGCCACGUUGCAUGCUGUGCAGAGAGCAGCUCAUGAUUUGGGUGAAUUUGAAGAAUAUCUUAAGGAGUACAUGGACAGCGAAGACAGGAGGCUUUCUCCAAACAUGCAGACCAAGUUACGGAUACAUUACCGAUCCAACGUCAGAAACAGCCCGGACCCGUAUAAGAGAGCUGUAUACUGUCUCAUCGGAUGUUGUGACACAACCGACAGUCACUCAGAAGUUAUAAGCAAGACAGAGGACUAUCUAUGGAUGAAGCUGAGCCAAGUCAGUUUCGUCGAGGACUCAGGUCCCAGUUCCUCCGACCGCCUCACCCUCCCCCAGCUCCAGACCACCCUCCUGGAGGAGUACGGCGAGGGUCACUUCAGCGCCGCCCAGAACCCUUACCUCUACUUCCAGGUCCUCUUCCUCUCAGCUCAGUUUGAGGCGGCCGUGGAGUUCCUGGCACGGUCAGACCUGCGGCUGCGCUGCCACGCCGUGCAUGCCGCCAUCGUGCUGUACGAGAUGGGGCUGCUGGUCCUGCCGGCAAAUAUCCAGAUGCAAGUUUUGAGCAAGCACCUGGACGACCCUCCGCCCAUGAGGAGACUCAACUUUGCUCGUCUCAUCAGCAUGUACACCUCUAAGUUUGAGAACACCGACCCCAGGGAGGCACUGCAGUACUUCUACUUGCUCAGAGGCCUGAAGGACCCCAAGGGGGAGAACCUCUUUGUCGCCUGCCUGAGUGAGAUGGUCAUCGAGACGCGGGAGUUUGACGCCCUCCUGGGCCGGCUGGGGUCGGACGGCACCCGUCGGCCCGGCGCCGUGGACAAGUUCCAGGCCAACACGCAGCGGAUCGUGGAGACGGUGGCCCGGGACACAGAGGCCAAGGGGCUUUUUGAGGACGCAGUCAAACUGUAUGACCUGGCCGGGAAUGCCGACAAGGUUCUUGAAAUCUUGAAUCGUUUACUGAGUCCGAUUGUUGCGGUUCCCAAAAGUGGGCAGUCGGACCGACAGAGGCUGCAGACGCUGGCCGUGGCCAUUGCGGGAAGAUUUCGAUCACAGUGUGUCACCGGCAACCAAGCCAAUACCAAGUCCUUCUACCUUCUGCUUGACCUGAUGACCUUCUUUGACCAGUACCACGGCAGAGAGCUGGACAGGGCCCUAGAGACGAUGACAUCUCUACAGCUGGUGCCCCUUACCCCAGAGACAGUCGAUGACAAAGUGAAUGCUUUCAAGCAGUACACAGAUGAGGUGAGACGAAACAUGCCGGACAUAUUGCUAGCCACCAUGAACAUCUUGCACACCAAGUACCGCACGAUUCGUAACAGCACCCUGCAGAAUGCCCAGGGAAGAGCGACAGUCCGAUUGGAGGACGGAGGAAAAGAGUCGUACCUCGCCCACCUGAGGAAGCAGGCCAAGUCGCUCAUCACCUUUGCCGGUAUGCUGCCUUACCGAAUGCCCGGCGACACCAAUGCCAGACUGGUCCAGAUGGAAGUACUCAUGAACUAAGCAGUUCUGACUGCAGUCUCCUGGAUCCCAAUUGAAAACGUCUCAGAAUAUUAUUUUUUUCAUGCGCAGGCUUUGAAGGAUGCCAUGACAGUCAUCAUACCGUGUACACAUCCUGUGUACAUUUAUAUAACGAGAUUAACAUCUCCCCUACGCAAAAAUACAUCUUGAAAAUCCUGUGUACGUGCUAUAUGCAGGAUGUCAUACUGUUGUCUGCAAGGGACCAUUUUCAUAGACGAUCUAUAAAAAAUGUGAUGAUGGAAAAUGGUAUGCUGCAAGGCAUUUAACAUUUACUCAGAAGGUUAGGGCUGCUCGGUUUACCAGUUCCUGACCCUCCACAGCACUAACAGUAGCCCCCUACAGAAAGAAUGGAAGGUGCCAAGACUACAUAACCAAUACCAGUCAGUCUGUGACAUCAUACCUAAUGAAACCACUUCAGCGCACUUACUGACGUGUUAUUGUGCUGUCUCUGCGCAAUAACUUUGAAAAAUUGUUCAGCUGCCUAAACAUAGCAGUUUGUCACCCUAUUGUGCUCCUUAUCUGCUAUCAGUGCAGUCUUACAAGAAAACCACUGUGUGAUAGUUUUAAUAUGUAGAGUCUUCAAGCACCAUGUAAAUGGUGAUAAGUACCCAGUUCUUUGUCUUACAAUGGAGGGGGGCCCACAACUGCUUUCCAAGGGAGCCAACUGAGGGGACAAACUGUAAAGAAAAAAAGUCUAAUUCCAGAGCAUUUUGGAAAGUUGUGACAAAGCCUUGGGGUGAAAGGCGUUGGGUACGGGUUGGGAAGCAGAUACCGACGUGUGAAUGAAUACGUUUCAUGCUUUAGGGUCAUAAUUCCAUGGCAUUACUGGCAAAGAGUUGGUUGGCAAAGCUCUCUUUCCUUCGGGUGUGUGAAAUGCUUUUGAAUGCAUACUUCAAGUUGCACAUUGCUACAGGUGUUAGUGGGGCAAGUUGAAUAAUAUAGCGGGACAUAUUGAGAUGAAGAUUUCUCUUUGGGGCUUUGUAUCAAUAAAAAAAAAUUCUGUGUAAAGUC